ACACGAUAUGCCAUGAAAUACAGACAUUGCGACGGUAAAUUGGUUCUCAAGGUCACUGAUGAUAAAGAGGUGGUUGUAAUCUACACAGUGGUUUUCAGGUUCAAAACAGGAAUGCAAGCUGUGGGCAACCCUGAGUACCACCUAAUGAACUUCUAUGGUCCCAGCAUGGGUACACCGUACACUCCCUGUGGAGUGCUUGGAGCCUUGGACACCUCGUACAAAGGGGUGUAA